CUCGGCUUUAGACCUUCUGCCACACUGAACGUGUCUCAGAAGCAAACUGGCCUCUCCAUAUGGAAACAAGUGGGGAGACCUCCAGCCGCCCCUUCAAGAGCACCCAAUGGCAUACUCAGAUUGAUCUGCGGGUCGAACUUUCACAGCCCAGCAUGAGUGCUUUACUACGUUGGACCUCUCCGCCAUCAAGAAUCUCGCUUUUAUCAGUCUGCUUACUGGGCUUAGGUGUGAAGGCUGUCUUUUUUCCAGAUGAGAACCUGUCCUCUCUCGGGGAACAAGAGUAUGAUUUAUACAAAAAAGCACGUUUUGAUUCCUUCCUUGAUAUGACGGAUCGAGGACCUCCUGAUCAACGCCCUACUUUGGGCGACAUGACCCAGCCAUUAGUCAUUACCGGAAACAGAGACCCCAACGAAGCGACCCCGGUCCAAGCGCAUACAGCCCAUGAAGAGGAAAUGCUGGAACUUGAGCUUAAUCAUGGUGUCAAAGCAAGCGGUUAGCGUAAAGAGAUUACUAAAUGUCAGGAUUAGUAUUCGAAGGUGGCUGAUAUUCUCUGAUUGUGGAUGUUUUUGGGGCCUUGUGUCUACUGAAUGUAUGGAAUGUGCGCACUGCUCACCUAGGUUCAGCAUGGAAGAAGAAU